AUGUCAGACCAGGUAACUGAACCUUCGUUCGAUAUCACGACCGGUUGGUAUUUCUGGGUGUCUCUAGAUGAGGCUACUGCACUCGAUCAGCUUCUCGAGCGCUGUCCGCUCGCAAACAAACCUCUUCAGUCCAUUCUACACCGACUUCGUGGCUCCGCAAAAGCGCAGGGAUUCCGGCUGCAGGCAACCGAGAAUGCAUCGGCCUCUGCCAGGAGUCCCAGGUCGCCGUCCUCAGAUGAUGAAAGUCUAUCAUGUUGCUCUAUAGAUGGGAGCAUAGCAGCAGAGGAGACAGAGGAGGAAUCGCUGGAGACUGCGCAGUCUAGUGGUAUUACACCUAGUCGUGCUCGCUCUCAGCCAAAGCCCAAGAAAUCGAAGCAUCAUCGGCGGGCGGACUACUCAUUCGGUGCCCCCUGUCCUAAAAAGACCGGUGGAACAAGCCUACGCAAGUGGGGGCAGCGUAGCAGGCCUGCAAUGGCUCUGGCUCCAUCAGUAACUCCAUUUGCGGUACGCCUCGGCAGCGCUGUCACCGAGGACUCGUUUGGCGAGUACGCAAGUUCUCUGCAGACCUUGCUGAGACACGGGGAGGAGCAGAAGGCUUCUUAG